GUUCAUGCAGAAGUUGGCUGCCACGUAGUUAGCAUUCCUGCCAUGUAUUUAUUUUAGGUGUUGCAUUUUAUGGAUAGGCAUAAUUUGUAAACUUUUUGUAAACUUUGCGAGCAAGGGAAUUUCUCUCUAUCAAAAAUGAUACUUUUUUCAAUUUGUUCGAUAGCGCCCUUACUGUUUGUGUUUGUCACCGGGGGGAAACUGCCUGAGCCAGAGGUAAAAAUUGAAGUUAUACAUAAACCCUUCAUGUGUCACCGUAAGUCAAAAUAUGGAGACAUGCUUCUUGUUCAUCACGAGGGAUUCUUGGAGAGUAAUGGCACCAUGUUUUAUUCCAGCCGCAAACAUGGGGACACAAAUCCAGUAUGGUUCACUCUUGGUAUUCGAGAGGUGCUCAAGGGUUGGGAUAAGGGUCUGCAGAGCAUGUGCGCAGGAGAGCGCAGGAAGUUGACUGUCCCUCCAUCACUGGGCUAUGGCAAGGAAGGAAAAGGCAAGAUCCCUCCAAGCAGCACCUUAAUUUUUGACAUUGAGCUCAUAGAGAUCAGAAAUGGUCCCAGGUCACACGAAUCUUUCCGGGAGAUGGAUCUCAAUGAUGACUGGAAACUCUGCAGAGAGGAGGUGAAAGCGUACAUAAAGAAAGAGUUUGAGAAACAUGGAUACUCACCAAAUGACACAGAUCAUGACCUGAUGGUAGAGGACAUCUUCAAAAAUGAGGAUGAAGAUAAAGAUGGUUUUAUAUCUGCGAGGGAGUUCACCUACCAACAUGAUGAGCUCUAAUGGACUGAUUUCAUCUGUUUUUUAAACGAGUAUUUAAUUCAUGAGUCUUUUUUUUUACACUGCAGUUACACAGUAUUGUCUUACUUUGGCUGAACAUAUUUAUGGAAAACGAGAUCCAUGGUUAAUUUAUGUCUCCAUUCUGCACUGAUAAUGCCACCACAGAUGGUUUAGGCUACAGUAUUGGAAUUGUUUUCAUUCAGUUCAUUAAAUAAAUGUUUUUGAAUGAAACAGAAGUGAUAUUAAUUUAUGUUUAUCAUCUUAACAUGUGCAAAAAAAUUAACUGCUAUGUGCAACCAGCCUUGGUGAUGCGAUACUGGAUGAUGGUCGUUUUUCUCUGUGCACAUCUUCAUUUAUCACUAGAGGGCACUCUUGUCUAAGGCUUUUGAAUCAUACUUACAGAUCUUGUUAAAUCUCAAAACAAAACAGCAACAAUGUAUUGACAGAGGUCCAUCUACUUCAGUGUAUAGAUUCUGAGUCUGGCAGACCAAAAUGAGAGUACAGUCACAUAUGUUUCAUCCCAUCAUAAGCGAAUCAUGAAAAAGUGUACAGUAGGCCUCUAUAGAAAUGUUUCAUAUCUUGCAGUGAUAAAUAUUCUAAAUUCUGUGUCAUGCCUUAAAGGAAUACCCUUGAAUUUAUUUUCAUAUUUUGUCAGUUCAUGUAUAAAUGUACUGAGCCUUAAGCAACCAUCGAAUUCCCUAAGUGGCAUCCAAAAUGUAGUUUGCAGUGAAUAACUUAAAAACAGAAAUGCUGCCUGAAAGUCUCCAAAUGCAAAAUGGUCUUAUUGAGCCCCGAGGAGGAAAAGGAGGCGCAAAACCCUUGUUAUACUCAUAGCUCUGUCAAGUUACACUCACUGAAUGUCAAAUAUCAUGUGAGUCCUCAUGACCCAUUAAAGAUUUGUUUUCCAUUGAGUGAGGGAAAGUGACUCUUGGUGGGAUUGUAAAUUACUAACAUUGUUAAAAUGUCAUGAUUACAGUAAAAUAUUUAGAGUAUCUAUACCAAAGGCAAUUGCAGGUCAAAUAUGCAAUGUGCAUUAUGUACCAAUGUUUCUAAAAUGAGGGUACUGGUAGCCCUAGAGGUGCUUUAGAGUACUGCAGGGGGUAUGUGAGAUUUAAAAAAAGGUUAUUUAAAAAAUACCAGUCAUGCAUGACUCUUAAAAUAUUUACAUUAUAAUAACUGAAGUGAAAAUGUAAUUGUAAGUUUGAUAAACCAUACUGUAUGUUUAAUAUUCCUAGUUUCGAUGCAAACAUUAAUAGCCAUAAAUGUCAACUGCAGCAAAAACACAAUAAUGUUCAUGUUUGUUCAUUGUGGUUCUAUUAAAAAUGUUUUGUGCUGGUCAGGGGUACUUGGCUGAAAAAAUAUUUAAAAGGGAUUAGUUUAUUGAAAAAUGUAUCGGAACAAGUGCUAUAAGCUAUA